AUGACAAUGUUCCCACCUGUUGAGGACUCGGUUCUGCAGAAUAAUCCAGAUUUUGCCAAUCUUUAUAACAAACUAACGAAUGUUGUUCUCAACCCGGAUGGAUCAACACAGAAUGACCCUCGGGCUAAAGAGCGGGCUUCUGUUCGAGAGGAGCUUGACCGUCGCCGUCUAAUUUCUGCAAAACAACAUCUCCUUACAUGUGCUAUCUCAUCAGCAACACCAUCAAGCACACCGCCUGCAGCAAGAGCAUCCUCACGUCUACAACCUCCCAAGAGUCAACAAACGGGAGACUCAAGAUCUCAACAACAGCCCUCGCUUCCAGAACCUCUCUUAGAUCUUCUAAUUGUGCUCCCUCCAUUACUCGACGCCAACAAUUCACCUCUUCCUCAAGAUACCCUCCAAUUGCUGUUUGCUCAUCCUCCCCUUUCUGAACUCGAGACACUACUUCCAGCUUUGGCGCCGAUUAUCGCUUCAAACCUGCGUACCUGGGCAUUGGGACUUGCGCGGAUUGCGCAUCCUUCUACGAACGCUUCCUUUCUCCACCGCCACAUCGUCUCAUUACCAACUACGUUAUCUGACUGGCGUUCUGAUCUCGCCGCUGCUGAAUCAGAACUCGGUUCUCAUCGUCUACGCUCUCUUGCCGCCUUGACAUCCCUUCUCCAAGCCGCUACCAAUGCGCUGAGUCUUUUGAUUCGCGCCCUCGAAGUCAAGCAUGGCAAAGUAGCUCGUAGUCUAGAACUUCGUGCUGCAGAAGUCUCACUCCAUGCCCGUCGUUAUGAUGCCGAUGUUGCUAUCGCCGCAGCUUCUGUGCGUCGCGCAGUCUAUACACCUGAAGCGAUCACCGCUCUUAAGAAUUAUGGUGCUCAUUUGCGUGAUGCCAAGAUGCGAAGUGAGGAGCGCACUCGAGGCUUGGCAGCUGAGCUUGGAGAGUAUGGAGUUGGUGUUGGCGGCGGAGAAAUCAAGGAGAAGAAGAUGAGGGAGAUGUCAAGAGUAUACCGGGAAGUGACGAGACAAAUGGACGACACAAGAAGAGAUCUGGACCGAUUGAACCAAGGAUGA